UAUCUCAUUCAUUGAAGAAGACUUCCCACAUGUUAAAGUAUAUAAGAAGCAAAAAAGUUUGGCUCUUUUUGGCUCCGCUCUCUGCCUAUUGUGGCGGCGCUUCGUUCGCCCGCAAUUCCUCCCGCAACUGAGCAAAUAAAUAAAUAAAAACCCUUUCACUUCUAACCCAAGCCAAACCCAAAUCAUCCCCUUCAAAUACAGUCUAAAGAACCCUUCUGGUUCUUUUUAAGCUUGCAGAGGGAAAGACUAGAUCUUUCUUCUUCUUUAACUAGUUUAGUUCUCUUUCUGUUUCUUCUGCUGGAUAUUAAACCAGGGUUUCUAGCUAAUGGCCUUCGUGAAUCGGAACAAUGCCCAUCUGGGUCCAACUCUGGUAGGAAGAAGUGACUCUUUACUUGGAUAUACAGAGCAUAGCUCUUUGAUGAUGGAGAAGAGGCAAUUAUUCUUGAGAAGCUAUCAGUUCUGUAGAAAACAGAGCUUAUCGGAAAGAAUGAAGAGAUCUUUAGUCAAAAUAAAGAAAGGUAUGUGGUUGAGACUACGUUCUGCUCGUAAACUUAGAAGGUUGGUUUGGUCUAGACUCCGUUUUGCUUUCUAUUGCCGCCGUCGAAGAAGGUUUCUCCGCCUACUUAGCCCUAACCAUCAUAAUAGCUAUUCUUCUUCUUCUUGUUUCUGGUAGGAGAAUUCAAGUUCUUUAUUUCUUUGUUUUCUCUGUGUUUUUUCUCUUCUUCUUUUUAAUGUUUAUGAUGAUCUCGAAUAUGUUUAGCCUACACAUUUCAAGUCUUUACUGGAUUGAUUACAAGAUUCAUACGUUCAA